AAAUGGGACAUAGAAGUCAUUAACCUCGAAAUCCUCUUCCCCUUUUGCCUCUGCCUUCUGUUUUAUCAAACACAAACCCCACUUACCACAUUUUAUAUUCCCUUUUUGCCCUUUUCUCAAAACAGACAUACAUAAAAUAACAAAAAUAAAAUAUCAAAUUGGGUUCUUCAACACAUUUCUUCCACUAGGGAAUUUUGGGUCACUGCCCAUUUUUCCUCAAACGUUCUAUCAGUCUCUCUUUCAAUGUUCUUUAAUUAUUGAAAUUUUGAUUUAUUUUGUUGAAAAAUUGGGGUUAGGAUUUUUCUAGGGUUUGGUUGUUCUAGAUAUGAUCAAACAGAUACUUGGUAAAAUACCGCGAAAGUCGUCAAAAUCAUCAUCACAUAGUGAUUUUAACGGUGAUGGAGGGUUGGUCAAUGGUGGCUUUGGUUCAUCAUUGAAUUCAUCUUCCGAUGACACCUUGAAAUCUAAUUCAGCUUCUUCAAAAUCUUCAAGUUCUGGGAAUGGGAGUUCUGCCUCGACGAAUUCAAAUAAAACAAACCAAGCUAAGAAAUCAGCUCCUGCAAUUGGAUCCCAAGUUGGUUUGAUAAUGGCUAAUGGUAAUGGAGGUUACGAGGCUUUGCCGAGUUUCCGGGAUGUUUCUAGCUCGGAAAAGCCUAAUCUUUUUAUAAGGAAGUUAAAUAUGUGUUGUAUUGUAUUUGAUUUUAGUGAUCCUAGCAAGCAUGUUAAAGAGAAGGAUAUCAAGAGGCAAACUUUGCUUGAACUUGUUGAUUAUAUUUCAUCUGUGAAUUCAAAGUUCAAUGAAGCGGCAAUGCAAGAGAUUACCAAGAUGGUGGCUGCAAAUUUGUUUAGAACACUGCCAUGUUCAAAUCAUGAUGGUAAGGUUGCAGAAGCAUAUGAUCCUGAAGAAGAGGAACCUGCAAUGGAACCGGCAUGGAAUCAUCUACAGGUUGUGUAUGAAGUUCUCUAUAGAUUUGUGGCUUCACCAGAGACGGAUGCAAAGCUUGCUAAACGAUACAUUGAUCAUUCAUUCGUGUUGAGACUGCUUGACCUCUUUGACUCUGAGGAUCAAAGAGAGAGGGAAUAUUUGAAGACUAUUCUUCACCGUAUUUAUGGGAAGUUCAUGGUACAUCGCCCGUUCAUUCGAAAAACUAUCAAUAACAUAUUUUAUCAGUUCAUAUUUGAGACAGAAAAACACAACGGAAUUGCAGAAAUGUUGGAGAUUUUGGGCAGUAUAAUUAAUGGAUUUGCUUUGCCUUUGAAGGAAGAGCAUAAGCUGUUCCUUACCCGAGCAUUGAUCCCACUUCACAAGCCAAAGUGUGUCUCUAUGUAUCAUCAACAACUUUCUUAUUGCGUUACGCAGUUUGUUGAGAAAGAUGUCAAGUUAGCUGAUACUGUGAUUAAAGGCCUUCUGAAAUAUUGGCCUGUAACUAAUAGUGCAAAGGAGGUAAUGUUCCUUGGUGAGCUUGAGGAAGUUUUAGAAGCCACUCAAGCAGCUGAAUUUCAGAAAUGUGCGGUGGGAUUGUUUCGUCAAAUUGCUAGAUGCCUCACCAGCCUACACUUUCAGGUAGCUGAACGGGCACUGUUUCUGUGGAACAACGAUCAUAUUAGAAAUUUGAUAAUACAAAACUGCAAAGUGAUACUACCGAUAAUCUUCCCUGCUUUGGAGAAAAAUGCACGGGGCCACUGGAACCAAGCUGUCCAGAGUUUGACUCUGAAUGUGAGAAAAAUAUUCUCAGAUGCUGAUCAUUCACUUUUCGAUGAAUGCAUGAUCAAAUUCCAAGAAGAUGAAAUCAAGGAACGAGAGAAGCAAGAGAAGCGGGAAUCCAUGUGGAAGAAAUUGGAAGAUGUGGCUGUUGCAUCCACGUCUAUAAGCAAUGAAGCAGUUCUUGCCUCAAGGUUUGCUUCCUCUCUUGCCGUUGCUGCAGUUCAAUGAAACUAUUAAUUGCAGGUUGUUGAGAGCCAUUAGAUAUUCAAAUUGUUAAAUCUACCUCAUGAAUAAGAACUGAAUGAAUGCUUCUAGUUGGAAGUAUAUCUUAUUUAACAAUGAGUUUACUGCAAGAAAUUCAGAUUAUGUGGAGUUUUGUGGACAUAUGAUUAGCUGCUAGUGGUUUUAUUUGUGGGCUUUCUUGAGAUGUAAAUGUGAUAUAAGGGAUGUAAUGUAUAACUGGGAGUGCUUUGUUUAGCUUUCUAUCCAUUACUUUUUGCACUAUUCAUGAUUUUGUGCCUUUCA